CACACAAUGAAAUCAGACGCCGGAUGAGGCAGGAGAUCUUCUUUUCCCCAAAAAACGCAGAAGAGUGAGGAGUAAAUAAAUAGAGAUAAUAUAAUUUAAUGCUGAAAUUAAUAUUAUUAAAUGGAUAUUGCAAAUUGCAAUUUGCAAAGUAAAGUAAAAAAGAAAUAAAGAACAUGAAAGUUUCAGAUUUUUCAGGGGAAGGACUCGGAGGUUUUGAAAUCUCAGGCAAGGACUCGCCGGCCGCUAUAAAUACUUUCAUUUUUUUUUUUAGCUUCCGCAAUGAAUCACACCAUCGCAUUUCCUCCGCCGUUUUCUUCUACUUUUCUGCUUUUGCAUUUUUCAAUAACUUCAAAAUUUGAGUUGAUUAUUUUAAAGCUCCGCCGGUGGGAUUUCCGCUUCCCUCAGGAUGACCAUCGUCAUUGAACAACCUGGGUCCGGAAUUGAGGUGGAACGAAAGAAGUCGGAAAAUGACGAGAAGGAAUUGGUGAUUAAGAAUGGUGGAGGCUUUGCGGUGCCCAAUUCCAAUACCUUUGGCCACAACUUUAGGGAUUAUGAUGUUGCAAGCGCAAGGCAAGAAGGGGUUGAGAAUUUCUACCGGACCAAUCAUAUUUACCAAACCUACGAUUUUGUGAGUAAUUAUAUUAAAUAUGUUGCAAAAGUUGUUUUUUUUUUUAAUUUAGUGUUUUUCAAAUACUUUACUUUUAUGAAAUGAUGAUUGUUUUCAGGUGAAAAAGAUGAGGGAGGAGUAUGCGAAAUUGAACAGGGCGGAAAUGAGCAUAUGGGAAUGCUGUGAGCUGCUGAAUGAAGUGGUGGAUGAGAGUGAUCCUGAUUUGGAUGAACCCCAAAUUGAGCACCUUUUGCAAACUGCUGAAGCCAUUCGAAAGGACUAUCCUCAUGAAGAUUGGCUUCACUUGACCGCAUUAAUCCAUGAUCUCGGAAAGGUACUCCAUCUUCCAGCCUUUGGAGGCCUGCCACAGUGGGCUGUUGUUGGUGACACUUUCCCAGUUGGUUGUGCAUUUGACCCAUCCAUUGUCCAUUUCAAGUAUUUGAAGGAAAAUCCAGAUUUCAACAAUCCAGAGUACGAUACCAAGUAUGGAGUUUAUUCUGAAGGUUGUGGUCUCGAUAAUGUCAUGAUGUCAUGGGGUCAUGACGACUAUAUGUAUCUGGUGGCUAAAGGAAACCAUACAAGUCUGCCAUCUGCUGGACUAUUUGUCAUCAGAUAUCACUCUUUUUAUGCAUUGCAUAGGGCAGGGGCAUACAAGUACUUGAUGAACAAGGAAGAUAAGGAGAAUUUGAAGUGGCUUCAAAUAUUUAACAAAUAUGACCUCUAUAGCAAGAGCAAGGUCAGAAUUGAUGUGGAAAAAGUUAAACCUUACUACCUUUCUCUGAUUAAUAAGUAUUUCCCGUCUAAACUGAAGUGGUGAAGAGUUAAAAGGAAGUGCGUUGACUGUUGAGCUGUGCGGGUUGUAGACUUGUAGUGUUAGUAGUUUUUACUGUAUGCGUGGGGUGCCCUGAUCAUUUUUGGGCCUAUUUGUGAAAUUCAUCUGUUGUUUUUUCACUUUUUUGUUGGAAUAAAAAGUUUUAAAAAUUUCCGUUAUUUUUCCCGAUAUUUUGAUUUUUAAAAUUGUACACAUUCGUGGUUAUCUAUUUAUCAGGUGCAAAUUAAUACCCAUUACAGUUAAUUUAAACUUGUUCAUUGUAAAUAAAACGGAAG